AUGGGACAGAAGCGCUCAGGUGGUGGUGGCCUUACGAAGGACGUAGCACCAGUAAAACCUUCUCAGCCAGAGCUUCCAUGGGGAAUGGAAACGACAGAAAUGCAGCCAAGUUCUUUGACUUCAUUGACAGAUGAUAAGCUGGCACGCUUUGUACUAGGCCAUCAGAAAAAGACCAAGUUUCAAAAGGAAAGAGAAGACCGUGAAGCGAAGAAGCGACAAGCGGAUGAAGAAGCUGCAAAGAUCUACGCGACGUUUGUAGCGUCUUUUGACAAUGAAGAUGAGACGAAAGGCAAGACAUUUGUGAGGGCAGCAGCGCAGAAUAACCAAGUAUCUACGCAGCAUUAUGACGAUGUGUACAGAUUAAAAGCAAAGGAAACGAAAGCGUUUGGUCUAGAUUCAUCUUUUGCUGAUAAAAGAGCGUCAGAGAUUACGCAUAAAGUAGCGGACCAAAUGCAGCAUCAAAAUCAGGUUACAAUGAUGCAAAUGCCUAAGAAACGACGAGCGAUUGAUGAAUUCUUAGAGGAGAUGAAGGAACGAGGACCUGCGCCUGUUUUGAUGGAAGGUAGUAGCAUGGCGAAAGGAUCAUUUGAUAACGGAAAUCCAGACACAACAAAUUUGUAUGUAGGGAAUUUGGCCCCGACAAUUACAGAGGAAGUUUUGGAGGCGGAGUUUGGACGGUAUGGACAGGUUUACUCGGUAAAAAUCAUGUGGCCUCGAUCAGAAGAAGAGCGUGCACGUAAACGCAACUGCGGCUUUGUCAGUUUCUACGAGCGACGUGAUGCUGACGAUGCACGCAUUAAUCUGGACAACAAAGAGUUGGAAGGCCAACCUAUGAUUGUUGGAUGGGGCAAAGCGGUUAAAAUCCAGCCUCGUGAGUGCACCCCUGGUGUACUACUUUCAUCGGCGGUGGCAUCUGCCACUGUCACACCGGAUAUGUCUACUGUAAAGCAAGAUUCAAUCAGCAGUCCGUCUAUUACGAUCGAGAUGCCCAAUGAAGAAGUAAAACGGCGUGUGGAUCACCUUGCUCACUAUGUUGCGACAGAUGGACUUCAAUUUGAAAAUGCUGUUCGUAUGCGUGAAGCGAACAAUGGGGAUUACGAUUUUCUGUUCAAGUCUCAGUCUGCCACAGCGUUGUAUUAUCGGUGGCGAGUCUACUCAUUUGCGAUGGGAGACAAUGAGUACUCAUGGCGUACAACACCAUUUCGGAUGACUGACGAAGGGCCUGUGUGGAUUCCACCUGACGUGCCUACACCAUCGCAUAGAAGUAGUAAGCGCGAACUUACGUCUCGAUUGUCCGGUUGGCAGAAACAGAGCAGAAGUCGGAGCAGGUCGCGAAGUUCUAAAAGAACACGCCGACGAAGUGGCAGCAGUCAUCGGUCUCGUAGCAGUUCGUUUAGCUCGGACGGUGACCGUGAUUACCAGAGAAGUUGCAGACGCCGCAGCCGAAGCAGAAGUCGAUGUCAUCGCGGUCGCUCGUGGUCAUCUGAUGAUACAAGCUUACAAACGAAUAGUUGCCGGUCGCGCUCGCGUUCCCGUAGAGAAUACAAACGGCGUGGUGACAGCCGGCAUGAACGAAGCCGACAGAAUAGACAUGUGGAUGACCGUAGUGAACAAAAAGUUGGUGCUACGGAUGAGAACGAAAGUUUGCUGACUGGACAACAAAUUGCACGUGCGCGCGACAUGGAGAGAGGUCGGGAACGAAAUCGAUUGUCAGUCAAACAUUACGAUGAAUUUAAGGAUUUGCUUGGUGAACUGACCCUGGAGAGAGAGUCCGUAAAAAAGACGAUGGGCUUUGCUUUGGACAACUCCGAAGCAGCGGUGGACUUGGUCAACAUAAUUUUGGAAUCUUUUAAGAGCUUAACUUCGUCUGGCGUCACUCUCAUUGGCCUUUUAUAUGUGACAUCCGACAUUUUGCACAACAGCUCGGCUGCUGUGAAAAACGCAUCGCUGUUUCGCACGACGUUUCAAGACUGUCUACCAGAAAUAAUGGAUACGCUUCGUAUUGUGCACAAAAACAUCGUUGGUCGAAUGUCUGCGAAUGCGAUGAAAGAAAAGGUGAUGAACGUGCUUUCUGCAUGGGAAAGUUGGAGUUUAUUCCCUCCAGCUGUGCUUUUGGGCCUUCAUGCUUCGUUCUUGCGCAAAGUUGAAGAAGAUGAGUACUUGGUGUCACACAAUUUAAGCAUCAAUGGCAUCGGCGAAAUUGAUUUAGAGCGGCUACGAAAGACAUGUCGACAAUCGGGAAUUAUGGCCGCAGGCGAUGCAAAGCGGCUCAUAGCUCGCCUGCAGUGGAUUAAAGAGUUUACGUCACCGGCAACGUUAAGUGAACCUUGGCAGACGGUAGCAACGAAAGCACCCAGUACUCAACCAAGACACAAGAUUGCCACCUCGGGUGGGCCGAAGGCUCUCACAGACGAUGUGACAGUAAGACAAAACGAGGAAUCGAAAAGCGAAGACGGCAGUAACUCGGUUGAUGAGACGAAUUUUGAUGAAGACCUUAUUGAUAAAGAGCCCAUAGUCGACGGUAGCAGCGAUAUUGACGGUGAGCCUAUGGAUGAAGAAGAAAUAGAUGGCGAACCAUUCGACGAAGAUGAAACUAUAGAUGGAGAGCCACUAGAUGGCGACGAUUUGGAUGGAGUUCCAAUGGACGAAGAGAUGGAUGGGGAGCCUAUCUAA